AUGCAGUCAGGCUCCAUGUCUCUCCUGGGCUAUCCUGGGGAUUGCAAUGGAACAUCCUACAGAACUCACUGUUACAUCCCAGUGACUCCUUCUGUUGCUCUUUGCUCCAGUGAUGUAAGCCCUACCUUUAGGCUCUGCUUACCCAGCAGCUACCAAGGAAAUCUCUGGCUCCUGGAUAACUGCCAAGAAACCUAUGAUGAAACACCAAGCUGUGAAUCUCCCAGCUGUGAGCUCAAGACCUGUACUGCAAGUUGUACAAACUCCUGUGUGCCCUGCAACUCUCCGACAGUGGGCAACGUUGGCAGUGCCUGUGAAACUACCAACAUUGGCUCCGACCCCAGCUGCAGCCCACGCACUCAGACCAAUGGGUACGUAUCUGAUUGCUACGCACCCAGCCAAUGUGCAUCUAAAGCCUGCCAGACCCUCAGCAAUGGCUUCAAAUGCUUUGGGCAACUCAAUUGCUUGUCCAACAGUCUCAGGCCCCUAAACUACUGCAGACUGGGUAGCUCGGGGUAUAGAAGCUAUCAAAAUCUUGGCUUCAUACGCAGUGGCUUCUCACCAUCGUGUUAUAUCCCCAGAAGCUGCCAAUUCCAAAGCUAUUUGAUGAGAAGUUCCCGAUAUCCAAGUUAUGGACCUAUGAGCUGCCAACUGCUGAGAUAUUUUUCUAGAAACUUCCAGUCUCUGAGCUACAUACCAAGUACCUUUCCUCCUCUGAGGUAUUUAUGCAGUAGUUGCAGACCUCUAAGUUGCUAUUGA